CCGGAAACGCGCUUUGGGCCAGAGCGGGCGCGCGCGAAGCGGUGUGCAGAUGUGUCGCAGAUUUUGUAAAGUCACUGGACGCAUGGAAAGAGCCAGCAAAAGGAAGUCGCUCUGGAUAAAUGGGCCUUUAAACUUUCAGGAAAACGAGGCAGCCGAAGGAGACACGCGUGGAAGAAGACGUAUCCGAGGGAGGGCUGUCAUACGCAGUUAACGUUAGCUUAGUUUGUCGGGGAGAGGGACGUUACUUUGACAGUUAAAAGCCAGCGGACGGCGGCGUGCGAAGAGAUGGAGCUGUCAGCGAUCGGAGAGCAAGUGUUUGCAGUGGAAUCAAUCGUCAAGAAAAGAGUUAGAAAGGGGAAUGUGGAGUAUCUGCUGAAGUGGAAAGGAUGGCCUCCAAAGUACAGCACUUGGGAACCUGAGGAACACAUUCUGGACCGGCGCUUGGUUCAGGCCUACGAAGAGAAAGAACAGAGAGAACGAGCUCUGGGUCCCAGAAGGAAAGGAGCCAAAUCCAAAAGAAUCCUUCUGCAGAAUACUGUCUACACCAUGGAUCUCCGCAGCGCUCACAAGAUUCCCGAAAAGCCUGCACCGCGCCUGCGUCUGUCUCUGACACGCUCUCUGCUCCCCGAGGAUGACCAUCAGCCAUACAGACAGGAAUCACAACACAGACUGAGGACAAAGGAGUUCAGAUGCUUUAACUCAAACCCUCCAAGUCCAAGACAAGAGAACUGGGAAGAGCAUGGAGAGGAAGACGAGGAGGAGGAGGACGAGGAAGAGGGAGAGAACAGCAUGGAAGAUGAUGAGGACAGGGAGGAGGAGCAAGAGGAGACUCAGAAGAACACAGCAAAGGAGAGCGAUGGCAUUUUAAAUGGACAUGAGAGGACAGACGGCUGGAGCUCCACGGGACCAGACGAGGGCACUACAUCAGAAAAUAUCUGGAGACCCGUCAUAUGUCCGGGAGAAAUAACUGUCACAGACAUCACCCUGAAAUCCCUCACAGUGACUUUCCGAGAGUCAAGAGUGGCCAAAGGCUUCUUCAGAGACUGGGGCCUGAAAGUCUGAAUUCUGGAAAUGGGGUUGGCCGGUUAGCAGUGGAGGCAUGGUGAGAGGGAGCUGAAGGCACCGACGCAGUAGGUAAAAGGUGCCACAGUAGGUGUUUUCACUCUCUCUCUGCUUGUCUCAUUGCCAGCCUCUCCCAACUUUCUGAGUGGUACAUUUACAUGCACAGAGUCACCUGAAUAUAAGCUGAUCUCCAGGUAAAGUGUUAUUUUCAUUGUUCUUGACACUUUUCCUACAAUCAGACUGAGUUGCCUUGAAUAAGAAGAGCAUUACAUCAAUGUUUAUAUUAAGAACAGGAUUUAAAACUUGAGUAAAUCCUGAAAGGAAGUUAUUUUGUGGUUCCAGUAGAAUGAGAGGCUUAUAAAGUGAUGGCCACAGUAAGGACCUUCUGACCAAAACUUAAAAAAUGGCCACCAUACAACUUGCGUAGCAUUCUCAUGCAUUAAAUAAGUGGAUCAGCCACAGAAGAAGUCCACGUGGUACGUCAUGUGGACAACUGCAAAAAUCUUGCUCUGCUCCAUUUUUCUAAGUGAAUUUUCAUUUUUUAUGACAACCAAGACAACAGAAAAACAUGGAAAGCUACAUCUCCAGAGAGAGAGAUGAGGUUAUCCAAACACAGGUCCAACACAAACGUGAUGAAAAGACAGUACUGAAUAUCUGUGAAGGCAUUGAAUACUGGCAAAAUCAUUUUGGUAUCUGUUCUUUCCUUUGCCACUGGAGCAAAGACUGGGCCACAUUAAGUAUUUCAGCUAAUCAUGACCAAGGUACAGUCAGAAACACUGACAGAUCAAAUGUGAAGAAUGUCCAGACAUCUGGAAUCAAACAGCUGGAAAUGUGUGGAGGUAAAAUGGCUCAGAGUUUACUUGUAUUGUUGGCAUUGCUUAAUGCAUAGAUGUCCAAAGUAAAGUUCUCCUCUAGAGAUGUCUUUCAAAGAAACACAACUACAGUCGCACAGUAGUGGAUAGGGGUUUUCUUUGUUACCCUAAGGUAUAAUAAAGAUGCAAAACACAUUUCUGCCACGACAAACCAUUUGAAAAGUCACCUGCUUCAUAGUUAGUUUACCAGGUUUGGCAGAGCGGCCAGAUCGCACCAAUCCAUCCAAGCUGUCAGUGGUGGGUCAUUGGUUAUGGCUACCUGACAGUACUGACAGGCACCGUGAAACCAAAAACUUAGUUGCUUUGAGAAUGAAGUAUUUCUUCUCCUUGAUGUCCCAAAUGUCCAAAUUAUUGACCCAUGUGGAUUUAAAAUCCCUGUAACUGUUUGAAAUUGCAUAAAUGUUGAUCCCGGAGGCAUUCAGACAAUGAUGGAAAACAAGUAAAGUAGCGCUCCCGCAGGCAAUUCCAUGGUUUUAGUGAUGGAAACACAGAGCUCCGUACUUUACGUGGAUCCCAAGUUAUGACUGAACACUGUGAAUCGAGAGGAUCUUACCUUUCAUGCAGAGUCUUUAUUUUUGAACUCCAGCGAUGAAGUAUAUGUAGUAGUUUCACAGUUUAAAGUAGCACAAAACUGGAAAGUCAAACAGCCAAUUCCUUUGAUAUUGCACUUUUCAUUAGCGCCUGAGCAAAUUUCUUGGCUAAAUGUUUGACCUUACAUUAGAUCGUCUUUUUCCUCUAAGCCCAUUUGCCCCAUGACGAGCAAAAUCCACUGACAACUCCCCACCAGCGUGAUCUGAGUUUGCCAUUUAUGUUUGUGUAAUAGUUAUGGGCUUUUGUUUUUGUUUUUUGCUUUAGACAUGUUAGCUUUAGAGGUGGUUCAAAUUUGUCUGGCCUCUACCCUUUGACCUGUUCAACCUGGGUAUCCCUACCAGGAGCCUCUGCUCCCACUGGCACAGCUCUCCUGGUCAUUGAAGCACACAGGCUACAUUAGUAAACAUGUGAGGAAGAGAAGGGAGGAGUUCUCUGUGCAUGUAAACGGAGCCACACUAAGCCAGCCUGACUGGACUCAAACAUUUUGUACAUACUCAGUGAGGUGGGCUUAGGUAUCAGACCCAUACUAACACACAGUGCUGUACCUGUAACCUGUAAACUCAUAGACUGUUACUGCUGUACAACACGUGGCUUUAGUCUUGUAUGCGUUUCAAAAUCCUCCAAGAGAAGAUUUGAUCCGCCUGCAUGCCUUUCUCCUCCAGUACAGUUACUAUAGCGAUAUAAAGACGGUGUAGUCUUCUCUGUUCAACUAGCUCUUCAUCUCCGCACAUAUAGCCCACCAUACAAGUGACAAAUUUGUACCAAAAGGAGAAACUAAAUGAGAGAAUGUAUUAAGGAAUUGCACUGUAUUAGCAUCAUAGAGGUUUGUGUGUCCACCGGGAGGCUCUCUUUGCAAAGACUGAUGGGUAGAAUUUCAAAGGCAAAGUUUUAAAGCUGCUACCAGCUGAUGUUUCGCACCAAUAUUCAGUCCCUUUUAAUCAUAUCAUUUGCACUGUCCUUAUCCAUUAAUGUGAUUCUUUUAAAACUGGAAAUGCCUCAUUAAGUCAAUUACCAAAAGGCUAAAAAGCCGAGCUAAUGCAUUUAGUUUUGUCAACCGUGUAGCGUUCCAGCACAACUUUCAGAAAAUGUGCUUUUCGGCUAAUAAAACAGAUAAUAUUAGUAACCCAUCAUCUAACAGCCGGCUAAGGCUCUUAGCCAGUGAUAAUGUCAUUUAAUAAUGCAGGAAAACCUUUCAGUUUUAAACAAAUGGUCUCUGAAAACAAAGAGGGACUAACGUGGACAUUAACAUGUAAAACUGGACGAGAGUCUAUACUUUGAAAUUUGAAACUGUGUAACUACAUGUAGAGUCUCUUAUGUUGGAAGCUGUAGCAGGCUUUAUAAAACACUUUUCCAAACUGUAUAAAUCCCCAGUCACACCAGCCUAAAGACCAAUAGGAACCCAAAGUAAUGUGCGUAGAAGAAUGCACAUUUUUCCAGAGGGACCGGUGGUGUCUGAGGGGCCGCCAACUGAUCUCUAGCAACCUAUAAUUGGUUAUCUCAUAACAUAAGUAUCUGUAACAUGAUAUAUUCACAGUAAUUAUGAGUAAAAGGUCAUUUUGGACCAGGCUAACCUAUAGCUAGGGUGACCAGAUCCCAAGAAACUGAAUGUGAGGGACACGUCAGCGAUGCUGAGAGGUAGUCUGAAACGUUCAUAUCCAACCACAAAAUAAAAAUACAAUAAAUUGUUCAUGUUCCAACUCUCCCAGUAAGUAAAUACACUACUGAAAAAGAAAGCUCUAGUUUGUUCUUAUGCUAUGAUGUGAUGGGCUUUAUAUACUCCUGUAUUUUUCUUUUUUAUGUCUCUGUUAUUCCAGUAGUUCUGUUUGCAUCAUUGCAUAGAUUGGACAAGGAAUCAAAGUGCUGCACGGUCCCACAUAAGGACGGGCUUCUGGUCACCCGAGUAGGUUUGGCUUAUUAUUUUACAUUAGUUUCAUCACCGGGUUUUGCUUAGAGAUUCCUUCUUUCGUCUGCAUUUCCAUGAACAUUUCUUCUAACGUUGACUGAAAAAGUUGAGUUUUUGCAGUUCAUACAUGACUUUAAACUAAACUUUAAAACACCACCUCGCUUCAGUUCUGCUAAAAAGGUUUCAGAACACCGAGAGAUGAAAAUCACAGAAAUCCAAAUCAUUUAGAUGAUAUUAAAAACGAUUAAAGAUAUCAACGUUCAAAAUGAUCAAUUCCAUGACAGCUGAGCAGCCAGCGGCUCAAAUAAAUGGAAACCUUGACAAAUGAUUGCGAUGUGUUAAUCAAAAGUGGAAGGUUUGAGUUAUCAGGGAGCGACACUGAAUGAUCAGUAUUACAAAUUCAAAACAAACUAAGAAGUAAAGCCUAACUCUGGACCCAGCAGGUCAGUCUGACUCCACAGGCUUCCACUGGGGACGCAGGAGCCGAUGUGAUGUGUCACAUCUAUGGAAUCUCCCACAGAGGCAUCGCAUUGGUCCACAUGUUGUUUAUAUCACACUGAGGAUUGAUGGGUCAGCCUCUCAUGAUCUUCAAACUGUCUGUGUGACAACGAGCUGCAGGGAAUGGAAGUGCCUGAUGUUGCCUUUUUUUUCUUUUGUCUGUGGAGCUUUUAGGGCUAAUACUUCCCUUUUACACACACACAUUAACACACCUUUCCCGUCCCAGUUUUUUGUUUGGCUGUUUUUGUUUUGUUUUGUUUUUGUAUGUCUGGAUUUCACCAUCCUUCAAUGAUGUUACUAAGACUUGAAAAACAAGGCGACGCGAGGAGGAAGCCAGAGAGGAAACGUGUAUUUUUUGGUGGUUAUUUUUCUACAUUGACCUGAAUGUAUAUUUAUUCUUUGAGGGUGUAUUUGUCACUUCGAUGACCAACAAGGAUAGUUUUUUAUACAGUUUGUGAUAACCACUGAGCUCAUGCCAUACUUCAGUGUUGCUGACAUGACGUAAAAAGCACCUUGGAUUUGACGUUGCCUGACGUGGUUGCUCGCGCUGCUUUCGUCCACCACUGAGCGAAGAACCUUGCACUUUAUUGUGAUGUAACCCUAGAUUACAUGCUCCGGUUUAUGAAGUGUCAUUGUGUAUAAACUAUUUCUAUGGUACUACUAAAAUAAAUGUUGCUCAUGUUUAA